AUGCCCUCUUUCGCCGACCGCACCACCGACCGGAUCCUCGAGGUUAGCUACAGUCUGCUCGACAAGGGUCUCAUCCCCGACCCCGUUCUCAGGCUGGCCAUUAGGGCCCUCUCUCGCCAGAGGUUGCGCGAAAUCGACCAUGGCUCUUUCGAGAAAAACUAUGCCGCCAGGAUGAAGUGGAUAGAAGAUGUUCGCAACAUGCCCAAGAUUGCCAUUCUGCCAGAGAAAGCGAAUGAGCAACACUACGAGGUAACCACGGACUUCAUGCUAUCUUGUUUGGGACCCUGCGCCAAGUACUCCUGCUGUCUCUACCCCACCGGCAAGGAGACCUUGGCGGAGGCAGAAGUUCUGAUGAUGGAGAGUUAUUGCGAGAAAGCGUCCAUGAAGGACGGAUUAGACGUUUUGGACUUGGGAUGUGGUUGGGGCAGUCUCUCCCUUUAUCUUGCGCAAAAGUAUCCCAAGUCAAAAAUCACCGGACUCUCCAACUCGCGCACCCAAAAGGAGUACAUCGACCGCAAAGCAAAAGAACGUGGCCUCACCAACCUCGAGAUCAUCACUGCGGAUGUCAACACGUUUGACUUCAAUGGUUCACGAGCCUUUGAUCGCAUUUUCUCCAUCGAGAUGUUCGAACAUAUGAAGAACUACAAAGCCCUCAUGUCAAAGGUGGCCUCCUGGCUGCGUCCCACCAACGGGACAGAGGAGUCUCUCUUCUUCCUGCAUAUAUUCUGCCACAAAAGCAUACCGUAUCACUUUGAACUUGGUGAUGGAUGGAUGGCCAGGAUGUUCUUUUCAGGUGGAACCAUGCCGUCACACGAUCUUAUGCUAUACUUCCAGGACGACUUGACGCAUAUACGCAGCUGGUUCAUCAAUGGCAAGCACUAUGGGCGGACGUCUGAGCAUUGGCUCGAGAUUCAAGACGCGAACGCCAAAGUCGGUAUUUCGGAGCUUGAGAAGGAUGCCGUAGCACAGGGGUUCGACAAGUCGGAGGGUCGGAUAGCAUUCAACCGCUGGCGCGUCUUUUACCUCACGGUCGCGGAGUUCUUUGCCAUGAAUGACGGACAAGAAUGGGGGGUAGGGCACUAUCUCUUCAAACGCAAAAACUGA